AUGCCUUCAAACAACGCUGCAUGGCUCGUUGCCGCAAAGACGUCACCACUCGAAGUUAAAUCAGCCCCUCUCCCUGAAGUCAAAGACGGCCACAUCCUCAUCAAGAACUCAGCUGUCGCGAUUAACCCCGUCGACAUCGCAAACCAACAUGUCGGAAUCUUCAUCUCUGAGGAGCAAUACCCUGUUAUCCUCGGUGAAGAUGUCGCGGGUGUUGUAGAGGCUGUUGGCUCUGAUGUCACCGCUUUCAAGGCUGGCGAUAGAGUUCUCGGUUACGCGACCUCGCUGGCUAGCAAAGAUAAUGCGAAUAGUGCUUUCCAGGAGUAUACGGCUAUUCGCGCCGAUUGUGCUUCCAAGAUUCCUGAGGGAUUGUCGUUUGAGCAGGCUGCUGUUCUACCUCUGUCCCUCGCCACAGCGGGCUGGGCUUUGUUUGGCGAUUCUACGCUCGGAAUGAAGUUCCCUGCUGCGAACGCCGAGUCUACUGGAGAGACAGUUCUUAUUUGGGGCGGUUCAUCCAGCGUUGGUGGAUCAGCCAUCCAACUCGCCAAAGCAGCUGGUUACGAGGUCAUCAGUACCGCUUCAGCCAAAAACCACGAAUACGUCAAAAGCCUUGGCGCCGACCACGUCUUCGAAUACAACUCCCCCCACGUUACAAAAGACAUUUCCUCCCUCCUGACCAGCAAGAAGCUGGCUGGUGCAUUGGAAGCAAGCGGCAACGAAGAAGCCAUGAACAGCGCAUCCCAAUCAAUUGCUCACGGCGACGGUCUGCGCAAAGUAAUCUGCGUGCGCGGUCCUCAAUCGCAGGUCCCUGAAGUUAAGGCGCAGCCCAUUAUGUCGACGAGUAUCAUCGGUACGCCUGUUGCGAAGGCUGUGUUUGGAGAUUAUGUUCCUGCUGCGCUUGAGAGUGGCAAGUUUAAGGCUGUUCCGGAAGCGGAGGUUGUUGGAAAGGGAUUGGAGAGUGUGCAGUUGGGUAUCAAUGCUUUGGCCAAGGGUGUUUCUGCUAAGAAGAUUGUUGUUUCUCUAUAG